AUGUCUGAUAAUUACAGUCACAAUGAAAGUUUAAAAUUAUAUGAAAACGAACGAAACGUAAAAUUAAUCAAAGAUCAUAAAUGUACAACAGUCAGUGUGCCAUCUUCAAAAAUUUUACAACUAGUAUCUAUUUUUGAAAACGAAGAAUCGGAAACAAAAUUGAAAUCUCUGUCACAGAGACGGUUGACGACAGCGACAACCACCGCGACAGCGGUGGCGCGAGGGGAGGAAACGGAAAAAGCGAAACGAGCUGACGAAGCGGACGGAACGGACGACGAAGCGGGUGAAGCGGAGGCGUCGCCGGCGGGCAGACCUGGCCACGCGCCUGCCGAAGGGGCAGCCGUCCAGGGCGACGGGAACUUCUCGUCUAACGCAUCGUACACGUCCACUGUGUCCGUAACGAACCGAGGCGGCAACUGGACAGGACAGCGCGACCGGAACCUGUUGUUUGUCAUUCAUCCGUGGUGCAUGCUGCACAAGUCGAGCGCGGACAGGCAGUCGGAAUUCCCGCCGCCCGGGUUUCUGGAACGGCUCAAGGCCAAGCUGAUGGCCCUGCACCGGCAGUCGGACGAGCAGCAGCGGCAGCGGCAUGGCCCGGCCGCGGCCGCGGUGGUCUGCAGGCGGCGUCGGCACACCCACCAGAGGAUCAAGUGUUGGUUCCAGUACACGGCCACAGCGCUUGGCGGCGGCGGGACUACGACAGCCACGUCCGCUGUCCAUCACGCCGCCCGUCCGCGAAACGAACCGGCGGCGGUGGUCGACUUCCUGUCCGUUUGGCGUCGGUGCGCGAACGCGGCGGCCGCGUGCGGUGCGGCCGAUCGUGGCUGA